AUGGUCGCUGCUUUUGCAGAUAACUUAUCUAUUGAUAUUGGGAAAAACACUAUACUACCAAACAUCAAAGAUGAAAUAUGCCAAAAUGCGUUUUAUUAUGCUAUAAGUUCAAGUAAUGUUGAACUUCUUGAUACACUCAUUAAUAAAUGGCCAGGUGAUUAUUUUGAUGUUCAUUUAGAAGAGUUGGAUGAAAUUCUUUCAAAGGCUUAUGAAGAAUUAAAGUUAAAGAAUGUACCAUUCAAACUUCCAAAAUUAAAACGUGAAGAAGCGAUUAUAAAUAUUGUUAGCAAUUAUCCUCUUUUUGAAGAGUUAUAUAACAAUUAUGAACAAGUCAAAGAUAUUUACUCCUUAGAAAAAAUAGCUAAUCACAUUGAGGUAGCAUUAAAAGUCAAUCCUAGAAAAAAAGAAGGCCGGUUAAUUAUUGCAAGAGUAUUACAAGUCACUGGAGAAUAUUUAAAAAAUACUUUAGAAUCUCCUAACAUAUCCGACAACAUGAAAGAUAUUUUGUUAUCUUCAGGCUUGCAAAAAAAUUCAGGAGAAAUUGUUAAAUCAUUUCGUAAUGUAUUGUCACAUUUUUAUUCACUAAAAAAAAGGAUAGAAAUCGAAGAAAGUGAAUACUCUGGUUAUUUUUCCAAUGUUCAAAACGAUCUUAAGAAAAUCAAGAUAGAAAUUUCUCUUCUACGAGAAAAAAGUAAGGCUAAUGCAAUUAGAACGUUUUUAAAACAAAUCACUGAGAGUGAAGAUAUGAAAACAGCUAACAAAUUAGUUGAUGUUCUUAUUAGUAUACUACCUGAUUUAAAGGAAAUAAAACUAGAAAAUAUAAUUGAUACAAGAGAAUUUAUACAGCUUAAAGGUUUAAUUGAUGAACUAGAUAAAAAAAUUAAUGACAAAUCACCAUGGGAAAGUAAAUUGUUUGAUCAAAUUACAAAAUUAAUCAAUUCAGAAGAAAAAAAAUUAGAAGAUGCUGAUAUUAAUUAUGCAAGUCAAAUUUUUAAUAUAGCAAGAAUAGGUGAUCAUGUUAAACAAAUUAUGAUUAUGAAGAGUAAAAGUUCUAGAAUGAAAGUGGCUGAAGGUGAAGAGAAAGGGUGCUCUCCUAUUGAAGAGAAAGUUAAGGAUACUAAAGCUAAAGACUGUUUGAAUAAAAGAUUAAAAACACUAAGAGAUGUUUUAAAUGCGAAUGGAUUAUUAAGCGACUCAAAUCUGAUGGAGAAGUUACCUUGUUAUAAGAAGAAUAAAGAAUUACAGUUAAUACUAGAAAUUCUUGUUCUUGAUAUAGUAGAAGUUUUACAGCAUCUUGGAUAUCUGGAAAAUAACCUUCUAUUUUUAGAUAAGUAUUCUCCUUUAUUAAUCGGAAGAUGUUUACGUAAUCAUCUAGCACAUGGUAAUGCUUUAAUUAACGUUUUACAAUUUGAUAAAUCAAUAACAGUUAUUUCUAAUGCCUUAAAACUAGUUAAGGAAGAAAAAAAUUUAGCUACAAGAGCAAUUGGGCGGUCGAUAUUAGAUAACUUUGCCUACUUAAAAGAUCAUUAUACUUAUAAUUUAAAUAUUGUUACCAGUCAGCAAGAGAUGUUUGAGGUUGCAAGGAAAGGUGAUAUUGGCAAGAUAAAAGAUUAUAUUAGCAAAGGAGCAGAUUUAAAGGCUAGAGAUAUCAAUCAAUGGACCUUAUUACAUUUCACUACUGCGGGGGGAAGUUUAGAAGCUACUAAACAUUAA